GACAUAUUAGACUUUAUCGAAGACUCGCCUCACGGAGUGAUUUUCUUUACAUUCGGUUCCACGAUUAAAGUAUCAUCGUUACCUGAACAUAUUGAAAACGCAUUUAAAGAAGCGUUGGCCGACGUUCCUCAGAGAGUCUUGUGGAAAUACGAAGGUGAAAUGAAAGACAAACCGAAAAACGUAAUGACGAAAAAAUGGUUUCCUCAACGAGAAAUAUUAUUGCAUCCCAAAGUUAAACUGUUUAUUAGUCAUGGGGGUAUGUCCGGAGUAUACGAAGCAUUGGACGGCGGAGUUCCCGUACUGGGAAUACCAUUGUUUUACGAUCAGCCGAGAAAUAUCGAACAUUUGGUCCUCGCCGGAAUGGCAAUAUCCAUGGACCUGUUAUCGGCGACAAAAGAAAAAUUGACUAAUGUCAUUUCAAAACUUAUCAACGACGAAACAUACUCAAAAAAUGCUAAAAUUGCUUCUAUCCGAUUCAAAGACCGACCGAUGACGCCUCAAGAGUCAGUCGUUUAUUGGACGGAGUAUGUAAUCCGUCACAAAGGCGCUCCACAUUUGAAAUCUCACGCUCUAAAUUUGACGUGGUAUCAAUAUCUACUGUUGGACGUGUUUGUUGUAGUGUUUACCUUUGUUUUCUUAGUUACAUUUUUAGUGUAUAAGGUUUUUAAACGUAUUCGUAAGUACACUUUUAAAAACGACAAAGUCAAAACUCAUUAAUACUUUUGUCUACCAUCUCAUACAAACAUUUGAUAUUUAUUAUCACAUUUACUUUUACUGUUGUUAUUACUUAUUACCUACUAUAGUUAUUAUUAUUUAAAUGAAAGUGUUGUGUUUAUUGAUGUUGUUACCCAUUCAAUGGUAGUUGGUUCACUAAAAUAA